CACUGAGUCCACGAAGAUGAGCUCAUUGGACAAUCUGUCCCACUCACUGUCAUCCAGUCUAAUUCCGGUAUUCCACGGUCAAUUAUAUCCCCCUCCCCUCCUCUUACCUCCUCAACACACAAACAGACAAAGCGAACAAAAAAUAAUAAAAUCAAAAUCAAAAUCCCGCAAUUCACAAAGCCACACGCCUACCGUAUAAAUUUCUAACAUUUUCGUUUCAUUUAUCCCCAGCCUCAGGCCACACAUAUCGUAUUCCAACUCUCUCUCUCUCUCCUGAAAUUCGAGUUGGUAGAACUUUUGAAUUUGAUUGGUUAAUUUCAUGGCUCUUAAUUUGCUUUCUCCGGCUGAAAUCAAAGCCAUUUCCUUCUUAGAUUCCACCAAGUCCAACCAGCUACCCAAGCUUCCAGGUAGUUUCAGUUUGAAGAGAAAGGAUUUGGGAAGGAAAGUGCAAUGUUCGGCUCAGCCUCCUCCACCAGCCUGGCCUGGGAGAGCUUUUCCAGAGCCAGGCCGUAAGACUUGGGAUGGUCCGAAGCCUAUUUCAAUUGUUGGAUCCACUGGCUCAAUUGGUACUCAGACAUUGGAUAUAGUGGCAGAGAAUCCUAAUAAAUUUAAAGUGGUGGCGCUUGCGGCUGGUUCAAAUGUUACUCUUCUUGCUGAUCAGGUGAAAACUUUCAAACCGCAACUUGUUGCAGUUAGGAAUGAGUCAUUAGUUGAUGAGCUCAAAGAGGCUUUAGCUGAUGUUGAAGAAAAGCCUGAGAUUAUUCCUGGGGAGCAGGGAAUUGUUGAGGUUGCUCGCCAUCCAGAUGCUGUCAGUGUUGUUACGGGAAUAGUAGGUUGUGCAGGCUUAAAGCCUACCGUGGCUGCAAUAGAAGCUGGAAAAGACAUAUGCUUGGCCAAUAAAGAGACUUUAAUUGCUGGAGGUCCUUUUGUCCUACCUCUUGCUCACAAAUAUAACGUAAAAAUUCUUCCAGCUGAUUCAGAACAUUCUGCUAUAUUUCAGUGUAUUCAGGGCCUACCUGAAGGUGCAUUGCGGCGCAUUAUUUUAACUGCUUCUGGUGGGGCUUUCAGGGAUUUGCCUGUUGAAAAAUUGAAAGAUGUUAAGGUAGCUGAUGCUUUGAAGCAUCCUAACUGGAACAUGGGGAAAAAGAUUACUGUAGACUCAGCUACCCUUUUCAAUAAGGGUUUAGAAGUUAUUGAAGCCCAUUAUUUGUUUGGAGCUGACUAUGAUAAUAUUGAGAUAGUAAUUCAUCCACAAUCUAUAAUACAUUCAAUGGUUGAAACAGAGGAUUCUUCUGUUCUUGCACAGUUGGGGUGGCCCGAUAUGCGCUUACCAAUUCUAUACACCAUGUCAUGGCCAGACAGAAUUUCCUGCUCUGAAAUAACCUGGCCUCGCCUUGAUCUUUGCAAGCAAGGGUCUCUAACAUUUAAAGCUCCUGACAAUGUAAAAUACCCAUCUAUGGAUCUUGCCUAUGCUGCUGGAAGGGCAGGAGGCACCAUGACAGGAGUUCUUAGUGCAGCUAAUGAGAAAGCUGUGGAGAUGUUCAUCGAUGAAAAGAUAAGCUAUCUUGACAUUUUCAAGAUUGUGGAGCUAACUUGCAAUAAGCAUCGGGCAGAAUUGGUGAGCUCACCUUCUUUAGAGGAAAUUAUACAUUAUGACUUGUGGGCGCGAGACUAUGCUGCUAAUUUGCAACCCUCUUCUGGUUUAAGUCCUGUUCUUGCAUGAUCAACCACUUGACAAGCCAUGGUAGUAAGUUUUUGUUUCUUUAACUGGAGGGUUGAUGUUAUACUCAUGUUGGAAACCGGCAUUGUUGGUGGGGUUUAUGGGGGGCGUCUUGCAGAUGUAUUAUAUAGCUUGUCAAGAUGGCAACCGAAAUGUGUUAUCCUUGAGAUGCUAAAUGAAUUUUCAAGGUCAUGAAUGGGAAGAUUUGAUUUUGGAAAAAGAAAAUGAAUACGAAAUUGCAUUUUGUAUUGAAAAAAUAAAAAUUGUUCAUUUUGGUUUCA